CCAGGCCCGGCCUUGGAGGCCCCCCGUCGCCAUGGAGACGGAGAAGGAGUUCCGCCGGCUCGACGAGGCCGACAGCUGGGCCGCCAUCUACCAGGACAUAAGACAUAAAGCCGGUGACUUUCCUUGCAAAGUGGCCAAACUUCCCAAAAAUAAAAAUCGCAACAGGUACAGAGAUGUCAGCCCUUUUGACCACAGUCGAAUUAAGCUGCAGCAAGAUGAUAAUGAUUAUAUCAAUGCUAGUUUGAUAAAAAUGGAAGAGGCACACAGGAGCUACAUCCUUACACAGGGUCCUCUGCCAAAUACUUGUGGUCACUUUUGGGAGAUGGUUUGGGAACAGAAAAGCCAUGGUGUUGUCAUGCUCAACAGAGUGAUGGAAAAGGGAUCAAUAAAAUGUGCACAGUACUGGCCACAAAAAGAAGAGAAGGAAAUGCUCUUUGAAGACACAAACUUGAAGCUCAUCUUGAUAUCAGAAGAUAUAAAAUCCUACUAUACAGUACGGCAGUUACAGUUGGAAAACCUGACAACACAUGAAACCAGAGACAUUCUGCACUUUCACUAUACAACGUGGCCUGACUUCGGAGUCCCCGAAUCUCCAGCUUCAUUCCUCAACUUCCUGUUCAAAGUGAGAGAGUCGGGGUCGCUGAGCCCCGAACACGGACCCGUUGUAGUGCACUGCAGCGCAGGAAUCGGGAGAUCGGGAACGUUCUGUUUGGUUGAUACUUGCCUUGUCCUGAUGGACAAAAGGAAAGACCCUUCUUCUGUCGACAUCAAGCAGGUUCUCUUAGAAAUGAGAAAAUACAGAAUGGGGCUCAUACAGACUGCCGACCAACUUCGUUUUUCUUACUUGGCAGUUAUAGAGGGAGCAAAAUUUAUUAUGGGAGACUCGUCUGUGCAGGAGCAAUGGAAAGAGCUUUCUAAUGAAGACUUAGACCCACCACCAGAGCAUACUCCCCCACCACCGAGACCGCCCAAACGAAGCUCGGAAUUGAAUAACGGGAGGCUGCCUGAACCCAUAUUUCCAAAGCAUCGGGUGAUUGAGGAGGAGGUCAAGUACACAGUCACCGUCGUUCAGGGGAAGAUGCCUGACGGAGAAAUUCUAAUCAGAAUCUAUUUACUCUUGUCUCUCAGCAUUAGUCAAGACACUGAGCUUAGGAAGAGAACUGUUGAUACUUCACCGCACAGUGAAGAGCUGGUAAAGCCUGAAGAAGAGGAGGAGGAGGAGGAGAACAUAGUGGCCACUUGGAAACCAUUUAUGGUCAACAUCUGCAUGUUCACUGUCCUCACGGCAGGAGCAUACCUCUGUUACAGGGCAUGUUUUCAUUGAUGGACAUACCAGCACCAGUACCAGAAAUGCCAGUACCGUCACUGGCGCUUAACCUGUUUCUGUAAAAAGAAAGCUAAAGGGGGCACCCAAGCCUUGUCCCAGUGGGAAGUGUAUCUGAAGUUUGAGAAGCUGGAACUUUGGUUAGGGCUUAAAGCGAAAAAUUGAUGCACUAGGGUUUAAUUUUUUACCCUGUGGUCCCAAGAAUUUAAUAUUCUAAUCUCAGGGCCUUAAGAUAUUCAGGAGUAAGCAGAGAAUAUGCCAAAUAAGUCUUGUGUUUUUUAUUAUUUUUCCUUACUUCUAAUGGAAUAAUAAGAGUUUACAACACAUUGUUGUUCUUUUAUUUUUUUAGUAUUU